AUGGCCCAGAAUGACAGCUCCGGUUACGAGCAUGACCCCAUUCUAGCUUUUAGACCCGCCUUCGUUCAGUCGUUACCAGUUCAGAUCCUUCUCUUAGGCGUAGUCCUCACGCUUGUCGUUGUUCUGCUCCUCCAUCUGCUUUUUACCGCUCAGUAUCACUGGCCCUUAGCUCGUGUCAACUAUAUGCUACAGCUCACGGGGGUAAUCACUUUGCUAGGUUCCAUCACCGCCACUAUCUACAUAGUGUUUUCCUCCACCGUAGAGGAGAGCCAGCAUUGGCCAUACAUGCUGAGUUAUUUGGCUGUGAACAUGCCAAAAGUUGCCAACACGACACUGAAUACUACUGAUCCUACUGUGACAUAUGCGCACCGAUGGUCACUCGCUGAGAGUGCCACGUGGACCGUAAUGAAUGCGACUACAUCUAUGGUUAUACAGAUUACCCACAUUCAUUUUUUGACCUUGCUAUUUCCCUCAAACCUGGAGGCAAGACUCAUUUUUAGCCUACUUGGUCCAUUGGCAAUCAUAUCCGCUGUAAUGCAACUGCUCCCGAUCUUCUUCGGGACGAGCGUGAUGCCACUCGCGGAGGACACCCGGAACGUGUGCAAUGCAACGUUGUCAUUGCUGUUUACGUCGGCACUAAUAAUUUGGGGUUUUUUUGUCAAUCGGGAGGCAGCAUGGCGCACCGAUGGCGGGACAGCAGCCUUCGGCGCUGGUGCAAUUGUUCUCGCUCUCAUGUCAACCACGCUCAAUUUCAUCUACAUACCGAGUCAAGACCAGUAUGGAUGGAUGCCAAAACUGAUGUGGAGCGUGGUUAUGUGGCAAAGUUUCCUUGGAUGGUGGUGGUGGGUUGGUUCCGGGAUGGGCGUCGGCGAGGUAGAGGAACUGCUGAUGAAGGAGGAGAAACGUGAAAGGAAGAGGAGACUAAAGGCACAGAAGAGGAAGGAGCAGCGGGAGAAAGCGAAGACCAUGUGGAAGGGUGUCACUGGUGCAUUCAAAACGAAACGCGACCAUGGAGAUAGCCGGGAAUCAAGUGUGGGACGCGAAGGACUUGACAAUUCUCAAUCGCUGAAUGCUCUCGCUUCCGGCAAUGCCCUAUCGACUGCAGCUUCGACGAUAAACGGAUCGUCAGGGGGCAUACUCCCGCUACACUUUGUAAACAGGUGGUAUGCACGCUUGCGCCACGCUCAUCUUACCGCAGCAAGAAUACAAGCUGUCGAGCGCGUGGAGCGUAUUCACCAAGUCUACGGCCGUGAGGAGGCCCGAAAUUCGAUCCGGGAGCCUGGCGCCCAGGUCGUCGGAUGGGGACUGGGUAGCUAUGGACUGCGGGGCGUAGAGCGGGAUCGGAGGGAAGUGCAGGAGCUACAGAUAAAGAUUGAAGAAAGCGAGGACGGCCAUAAUUCAGGCGAACCCGUAGGACCAGAAUUACUCUCGCAGGAUCAGUCCUUUCGGCGGCGUGGCCACGAACCUCAACCUCAGUCAUCGCAACAGGCUCCGCCGCCGCCGCCAGAGCCCGAGGCGGACCUUGGAUGGAUAUCAUUCUGGUGGUGGGGCCCUCUUCGACGGUGGCGUUUACGGGACUCGACUGCUUAUAGGUGA